AUGUCUUCAGAAUCGGACAAGUCUACGCGCACCCAUAAAAUGGACAGGUCUUUGACUUCAACGGACGGUCGUUGCCAGCAAAUAUCACUCCUGACGUACAUACACACGUCGGCCUCGACUUAUGGCGCUCCGAGAUCACCAGAAGAUGGAACUGAAUGCGAGGUACGCGCGCACCUACAGUCCGGCUGGGUGUGUGGCGUGCACCGCGUCGCCAACAAUGACACGCACUUCUUCAGCUUUCUCGGCGUGCCUUACGCCGCGCAACCCAUAGGCGAGCGACGAUUUAAGGAGUUGGAGCCGGUAGAGCCAUGGCAUGACUUCUACGAUGCAACAUAUGAAAGGCCUAUAUGUCCUCAAUACGAUGUAUUUUACGGCCGUCUACAGGAAUCUCACCAGAUGAACGAAGCCUGCAUCUAUGCCAACAUCCACGUACCCUUGGACGCCCUCCCAGUGCACAGAGUUCGACCGCUGGACCUAGAGCUGCAGCCGCCAUACAAAGCCGGUCUCUCCGAAAAUGAGAAUGAUCCCGGCCUUAAAAUCUUAGUCUUCAUCCACGGUGGUGGUUUUGCUUUCGGUUCUGGUGGUAUCGGUCUUUACGGCCCCGAGUACCUUAUGCUUAAGGACGUCAUCGUCAUCACAUUUAAUUACAGGGUGAACGUAUUUGGUUUCCUCUCCUUGAACUCGUCAAGUAUCCCUGGUAACAACGGCCUACGUGACGUAGUGACCUUACUGCGGUGGGUGCAGGCCAACGCCAAGUCUUUUGGUGGGGAUCCUAGCGACGUGACACUGGCAGGACAAAGCGCUGGUGCCAGCCUUGCUCAUUUAGUUUCAAUGUCUAAGGCUGCAGAAGGAUUGUUCCAGAGGGUAAUUUUAAUGAGCGGCACCGGUAUACCCAGCUUCUAUACAACUUCACCAGCUUACGCAAAAUUCGUAGCAAAUCUUUUUGUAUCGAGCCUGGGUAUCAACGCUACUGACCCCGAAGAGAUCCAUCGGCAGCUGAUAGCGACGCCCAUCGAAGACAUCGUCGAAUCGAACAAGCAACUCCAAGAAAAAUUCGGCCUUGUAGUUUUCGUCCCCGUCGUCGAGACCCCAUUCCCGGGCGUGACUACAAUAUUGGACGAAGAACCAGAAAUCAUGAUUUCAAAAGGUUUCGGAAUGAAUAUUCCAAUGCUGAUUGGUUUUACAAAUAUGGAAUGUGAAACGUUCAGGCACAAUUUUGAAAAAUUCGACAUACUGACUCAAUUAGAAAUCAACCCACUUUUGAUGCUAUCACCCAAUUUAAUAUUUAAACUACCGCCGCAAAAUGCGAUAGAGUUGGCCAAGAAGGUCGCUCAAAGAUAUUUUGACGGAGCACCGACGAUGAACAAGUACAUUAAGAGUUGUUCAGACACGUUUUACGUUUAUCCUGCUAUCAAAUUAGUAGAGAAAAGAGCUUCAAUGGGAGGAGCGCCGGUGUUCUUGUACCAGUAUUCUUACGAGGCAGAUUUCAGCGUGAUAAAAGAAUCGAUGGACUUGGAUUUCAAGGGCGCUGGACACAUUGAAGAUACAACAUUUGUAUUCCGUGCAAAUGCUAUGGAAGGUGUUCGAGGGUUCUCGCAGCGGACGCAGAAUGACAAACGUAUGGUGAACCAGAUGACUACGUUCGUCAAAAAUUUCAUGUGUUGCAAUGACCCAACUUGCAACCAACACUAUCUAUCGAAGUGGCCACCAGUCGAAGAGCGUAUGCCUGUUAUGUACCAGAACAUUGAAUUGCCAAUAUCCUAUCAAUUCACCGAGCUAACCGAGGAACAGCUGGCAAUGGUGCAGUUCUUCGACAAUAUGAAACAAAUCAUAAAUUCAACGAGAAUGGCAAAAAUAAUUGUGAUACUAAUGUUAAUAUUGAACGAAACAGAACAGAGCGUGAUAAGCAUAGCUCAAGGAAAGAUUCGAGGGUUGCAGAGAGAUGGCUACGUUUCUUACCUGGGUAUUCCAUAUGCCUCUAUCAGUGGAGCGAAUGGAAGGUUUAAGCGCGCCGGUCUCGCGCCGGUGUGGACAAAUAUCAGGGAGGUUAAUGAGCCCCGCUGCUACAUGAGCUCACCGGUGGAGGAAUGUUUACAGUUAGACGUCCACGUUCCGUCAGGAUCCGCCAUACCCGUCAUGGUAUGGGUGGCGGGGGGCAGCGCCCGAUAUAAUCCGUCUUUGCUCGUUAAACGAGGAAUUAUUGUCGUAAUUGUUAGGCAUAGAUUGGGACCAAUGGGCUUCCUGUGCUCGAGCGAAGAUAAAAUACCAGGCAAUGCAGGGUUAAAGGAUGUGGUUGUUGCUUUGCGGUGGGUCAGAGAUAACAUCGUCGCCUUUUAUGGAAACCCAAACAUAGUAGUAGUCGCUGGACAAAGUUUCGAAGCUGCCAUGGUGGAGUCCUUAAUGUUGACACCUAUGGCUUCAGGUUUAUUCCAUGGGGCAAUAUUGCAAAGUGGUACUGUUCUAGCUCCUUGGGCUUUUAACUAUGACGCAGAUUAUCGAGCGAAAUUCUUAAAAAUGAACUUUAAUGAAAGUACAGAACCAUUGACAAGAGCUGGAACCGCAGAUUUAGCCGCUAUGGCAGAAGACUUAGAACUUCCCUAUUUGCCUUUUGGACUUUGUAUCGAUAAACCUUUGAAAAAUGAAGAGAGAUGUUUUUUUACGUCUCCUCACGAUAUGAUAUCAUCUGGCAUCACGGCUAAGGUUCCCAUCAUAAUGGGUUACAAUAAUAAUGAGGCAUACGUCUUCGCUUCCAUUCUCAAGGAGGCCAAAGUUUUAAGAAGAAUGACAAAAAAUAUGAACUUUUUGCUACCGAUUGAACUACAAUCAGACAAAAGAGACAUGUCCCAAGUAAUGAAAAAAAUUAAAGAUAUGUAUUUUGACGGAAAUAUGACAAUGGCAUCAAUUUUAGCUUACCACAGAGAUGCAUAUUUCUUGGGUCAUAUUCACAAAAGCGUUCUCAUGCAUGCUGCUAGCAGUCUCGUUUACUACUAUCAGUUCUCCUAUUUGGGUGAUGUCGGUGUGGAAGGACUACCAGGGAUGGCGAAGACUGGUGCCGCCCAUUCAGAUGAACUAGCGUAUUUAUUUCCAGAGAAAGGACGUAACUUAGAAGGCGAUGAUGGGAUUGUACAGGAUAAUAUAAUACGACUUUGGACGAAUUUCGUCAAACAUUUGAACCCCAAUGCGGAUAGCGAGCACUCGAAGUGGGAGCCAGUAAAUUCUCAUGACGCACGGCUCCUUGAUAUUAACGUGGAUUUAGACAUGAUAGAAUUUCCUUAUAAGAGGGAAGCGCAGAUGUGGGAGGACGUUUAUGAGAAAUAUUACUUCGAAAGUAAACGGUACAGCGUUUAA